AUGUCUCUUUCUCGCUCUCGUCCGGCCACUAGCGCAGCAGUUCCUGCGCCCGAGCACCCACCCGACGAGGUUCUGAACGUUGCUGCUGCCUUCGACCAGUCUGCCACGAGGUGCAUUCCUUCGCCACCCUCGGCCGACGGUCCAUCAGGCAUGCCCGCCAUCCGCACGUCUUCUCCAACCUCGACGGAUCGCGACAGCUCGGAGCCAUCAGACUCCACGACCGUUACCUUGCAGCACGCCCUGGAUUCGGACACGGACAUCGCACCGUCCGCUAUUCGCUCCCCAAUUGUGGCGGAUUCGCCGUCCUCGUCCAUCGACCAUCACCACGUUUCAACAACCUCGACACUAUGUGCGUCUUCCCAGCAGCGACCAGCAUUGACCUCGCAGUCCACCGCAGCUGAAGUUGGAGCACCGAACCAACACCGGCCGAACUUGCGAGACGCUGCUACGAUGACGGAAGCGUCUGAGGAUGAAUUGCCUGGUUCGCCGAUGGCAGAGCAGCCCGCACAUGCCACGCCUGCCGCAAAGGCAGGCAUCCAACACGCCGACCUACGCACCAGCCCUCGUGUGCCGGGCACAGGCGCGGGCACAGGCGCGCUGUCGGAACCUGUGGCAGAGCCUCCGCCUGCGGUGUUCCAUGACAUCCCUCCUCCGGAGUUCUUAACGGAGGUCGCGAACCAGCAGCGGAGUACCAUGAAUGCAGGCAUGCCCUUCGACACGGCGAAAGCGUCUUCUACCGCUGUCCGAACGCUUACCUACCACGUGCCAUACACCUAA